AUGGCAUUUAGGGGCGGUUGCUGCUGCGGUUCGGGUCCAAUUAAUGAAGAUAAUGCGAGAUUCCUGCUGCUGGCCUUGUUCAUCAUCGUCUACCUGCUAUGCGGGGCAGCCGUGUUUUCCGCGCUGGAGCAGCCCAAAGAGAAGGAGGCCAAGGAGCGAUGGGCGCACAGGUUCGAGCUCUUCAGCCACACGUACAACCUGAGCAAGACAGAGCUGAACCGCUUCCUCAGGAACUACGAGGAAGCCAAUGUGGCAGGAAUUCGAGUGGACAGCAUCAGACCUCGAUGGGACUUCACCGGGGCUUUUUACUUCGUGGGAACUGUGGUUUCCACCAUUGGCUUUGGAAUGACCACUCCUGCCACAAUUGGAGGGAAAGUCUUCCUGAUGUUCUACGGCCUCCUCGGAUGCGCAGCCACCAUCCUCUUCUUCAACCUCUUCCUGGAGCGGGUCAUAACUGUCAUCGCCGUCGUCCUCAAAUCAUGCCAUGAGCACCGUCGCAACAAGGCUCAACUCCCCCAAAAUGGACAAGGGGUCCGUGCAAGGUCAAGUGGAAAAGGGGAGGACCUCGCCGGCUGGAAGCCUUCAGUCUACUGUGUGAUGUUCAUCCUUGGAGCGGCAGCCAUUUUGGUGUCUUGUUGUGCCUCGCUCAUGUAUUCUGCAGCCGAGGGCUGGGGCUACUUGGACUCGCUCUACUUCUGCUUUGUGGCCUUCAGCACCAUCGGCUUUGGAGAUAUGGUGAGCAGCCAGCGGCUCGUCUACGAGGGCCACGCUACGGCAGCAUACCAAAUGGGAAACUUCUUGUUCAUCCUGGCGGGCGUCUGCUGCAUCUACUCCCUCUUCAACGUCAUCUCCAUUGUCAUCAAGCAGGUCCUCAACUGGCUGCUGAGGAGACUCGAAGCCCCCUGCAGAUGUUGUUACUCCAGAAGGGGUCACCACCCACACCGGCACCCCCGUCGGAACGUGGUGGCCCCGGGCCACUUGCGAGCCCGCAGCGAACCGUCCAUAGAGACAGAUGCCAUCAAUGAAAGUGAAACUGAUGUUGGGCGCAGGAUGUCUGGAGAGAUGAUCUCUAUGAGAGACUUCCUCGCAGCAAAUAAGGUCAACUUGGCUAUCAUGCAGAAGCAGCUUUCCGAGAUGGCGAUCGGACACCCGCGCCAGUCCAGCUCCACUUCACAUCAUAACGGCUUCUCCGGGGGAGUGGGGGCGCUCGGCAUCAUGAACAACCGGCUGGCAGAGACAAGUGUGGACAGAUAG